AUGAGUCACGUCCUGGGCCUGGAGUUGAGGAGGGAAGCGCCGCCUCUCCUCGGGCCCCUUCUCUCCUCCUUUCUCCUCCCCGCCGGUUCCUGGUCCAGCCAGAUACUGCGCAGCAAUCACUGGUUCUCCAUCACCAGUUGGACCGGGCUCCCGUGCCUUCUCGGGGCUCCCCGCAAGGCCGCAGACGAGAUGAACAUUCUGGCGCCCGUGCGGAGGGACCGCGUCCUGGCCGAGCUGCCCCAGUGCCUGAGGAAGGAGGCCGCUUUGCACGUGCACAGAGACUUCCACCCCCGCGUCACCUGCGCCUGCCAGGAGCACCGGACAGGCACCGUGGGGUUUAAGAUCUCCAAAGUCAUUGUGGUGGGGGACCUGUCCGUGGGGAAGACUUGUCUCAUUAAUAGGUUCUGCAAAGAUACUUUUGAUAAGAAUUACAAGGCCACCAUUGGAGUGGACUUUGAGAUGGAACGAUUUGAGGUGUUGGGCGUCCCCUUCAGUCUGCAGCUCUGGGAUACUGCUGGACAGGAGAGGUUCAAAUGCAUUGCAUCAACCUACUACCGAGGAGCUCAAGCCAUCAUCAUUGUCUUCAACCUGAAUGAUGUGGCCUCCCUGGAACAUACCAAGCAGUGGCUGGCUGACGCACUCAAGGAGAAUGACCCUUCCAAUGUGCUUCUCUUCCUCGUGGGUUCCAAGAAGGACUUGAGUACUCCUGCUCAGUAUGUGCUAAUGGAGAAAGAUGCGCUCAAGGUGGCCCAAGAGAUGAAGGCUGAGUACUGGGCCGUCUCGUCCCUCACGGGUGAAAAUGUCCGGGAAUUCUUCUUCCGUGUGGCGGCACUGACCUUUGAGGCAAACGUGCUGGCUGAGCUGGAGAAAUCGGGGGCCCGGCGCAUUGGGGAUGUUGUCCGCAUCAACAGUGAUGACAGCAACCUUUACCUAACUGCCAACAGGAAGAAGCCCACGUGUUGCCCGUGAGCGGUAAGGGGACUGUCGAGCGGCUGGCCAGCCCUGGGGCACUUUGCCACCUUGACUGCCCUAGAGUGCCACCCUGGACGUUUGCACUGAUUGGUUUUCCAGACCAAAGAGCUGCCCCUUCUUGGCGGUACCCCUGGAGGGGUAGCAGGGACCAUGCUAGUCACUUCCUGCCCCAGGCACCAUGCCAAAGACUAGAUGUCCCCCCCCCCCGCCCCCAGCCCCGGGGCUCUCCAGGCUGCCCAGCAGUGGGGAGGUAGUCCCUGCUGCUUUUGCUUAGCCUGCUGGACCCCUUGAGUAUGAGGAUGCUAAUGAUCCCAGCCUCACACUGUGCCUUAUGCAUUAAAAUCUCUGUUAUUAGCA